GUUUCUAUACCAAUUAUUAUUGUCAAAAAUGGUGACAAGUUUGCAUUAGAAAAGGUUCAUACAUUUCCUGCAGCUCUCCGGACGUCACUCGCGUCACGUGGACAGCUGUCAGUCUCCGACGUGUUUGGAGUUUGUGAUAAUCUCCGUUUUAUUUGUAUAUGAGUAGAUUUAGAUCUUUCGCUGUUGGCGAAGCGGAGCCAUGACUGACAACCUGCCGCUAAUACCUGAGAAAGGGGCGGUGUGCGGCGACGUGCGCGGCGUGCUGCGCGGCGUGUUCCGCGAGCUGGGCGCGCCCGUGCCGCCCGCGCCGAUCGCCGCGCUGCUCGCCGACGCGUCGCAAGCACAACCUGAUCAGUUGCCGGCACUUAAAGAAACGCAUUGGAAAUACAAGUAUACAACAGAAUGCGAGAAGCUAUCUCGUUGCGAGGUCUUGUUACGCCAAGAGUACGCAAAGCGGUUGUCACGUUCGCCGCUACCAAACAUUUACCGCGUGUGUCGAGAGCGGGCCGCGAGCGAGCCGAGCGAGGCGAGCGAGCGGAGCCACUGCGGCCAGUGGCUACGACGACGGCACCUCGCGCCUGGAGUGAGGCAACACGCCAACAGAGAGGAGAGCCUGUGGGUCCGCAACAUGCAGUGUCCGAGCGAGCAGUCGCUGUCGCGCGUGCUGACGGUGCGCGGCGUGCCGUCGCCGUCGCCCGUCCCGACUUUCUAUGACCGGCUGCCGAUUGAAGAGAUCUCGCUCUAUUCGCUCAGUAUCGGCACCGCGCAGACGCCGUUAUCGCCGCCGCCGUCGCCCGCGCCGCCCGAGCCGCCGCUCCCCGACUACAUCCUGUGCGUGCCGCAGUGUCUGGAGUUCGUCAACUUUGUCGUCGGUCAGGAGCAUAUACAAGUGCUGCGUUUGAUCAACGUGUCGAAAGCGGAGCUUCGGCUGUCGGUGCGUCCGCCGGAGCGGCGCGAGCUGCUGGUGACGGUAGGCCCGCGCGGGCAGCGCGUCACCGCCGGCGCGGCCACGCAGCUGCAGGUCAGCUUCACGCCGCGCGACGUGCGCAAGCUUGCCGAGGACCUGCACAUCAGCGUCUCCGCCGGCCGAGCCGUGCUAGUACCCAUCCGCUGUUACAUACAGCCGCCCAUACUUAAUGUACUGGUGCCGCUAGAGCCGUCACAAUCUUUGGCAUGCAACCCCGAGCUAGUGCCAGUGAGUCCGGCGGCGAGCGCAGGGUCGGGGCCCGCACGCGGCGCCGAGGUUGUGGAGCUGGGCGCGCGAUUGCUUGGCGACAUGCACCACGUGCCGCUGCUGCUGCAGUGCCGCGCCAAGCACGCUGACUUCUUCGUCAUUACCGAGGACUCCUGGAUUAAUUACACCCUUGAGGGCAUAACGUCGGGCGGCGCGGUGGUUAAUGGCAAUUUCGCGUGGUGGCCAGCAUGGUGGCGAGGCGGCGGCGGCGCGCGCGGCGCUGUCUGGUGUCGCGCGGACAUACCAGGGCUACACGCCGCCGGCUUCCGCAUACUAUCCUCCACCGCCGCCGUGCGCCCGCUGUGUUUGCUAGCCGACUCGCUUUUCUUCCAAAGAGACCACAUCACGCUACAGGCGCACGAGAAGGACUACGACAUCUGCGGCGAGACGGACCCCUCUUGCGAGUACUACGUACACCUGGGCACUGCGUUCCCGGGCCGCGCGCUCACCGCCCCCGUUCAGCUCAUCAACCACAGCCCGGUGUCGUACGCAUACUACUGGACCGUGCGGCCGUGGGGCGUGUGCUCUUGUCGCGGCGAGGACUGCGAGGGCGCGCUGGAGCGCCUCAGCCAGGACUCGGAGGAGGAGUUGUCUCCGGAGCAGCGCAUGAUGCUGGGCGGCGUGCGCGUGGAGCCGACGCGCGGCCGCGUCGUGCCGCGCUCGUCGUGCACGCUGCACGUGUGCGCGCCCGACGUUGGUGCGCAGCUUGGCGUGCAGAGGGCUACGCUUAUGUUGAUCCUCAAAGACAUCCCAAAGGAGAGUUUCCCGCCCGGUUACGACCCGAUGAUAGUGAGCUGUCAGAUGGUGGACGCGGAGCCUAUGCCUGGGUUUCAGAGCGAGCAGCGCGAGGUGUGCGAGGUGGUGUGCUGCGAGAUGGAAGUGUGGUGGGAGGUGGCGCCGGUGCGCUUCGUGGUCGACCCGCCGCUGCUGCGCCUGCCGCAUUCCAGGCGGGUAGAAGAAGUUCAGGUCACGAUGCGAGCGACGCAGCUGUUUGGUCGCGAGCCUAUCACUGCCGAGUGGAGACUCCCCCCCUCUCUGCCCCACCCCGCGGACGUCGCUCACCUCACCCCCACACAAUCCCUAGCCACCAGGUUUACAGUGCCUCUGCCUAGUCUGCCAGAUGAUGCAACACCACACCAGAAGAUGGACAUUAUUGAACUGGUGGGUGCGGACGAGGAGUGGCGGUCGUACUGCACGGUGCAGCGCGAGGCGGAGCGGCGUGCGCUGCGCGUCGCGCCGGCCGCGCAGUGGCUCGGCAUCGUCGCGCCCGGCGAGCACGUCUCCACCGACCUCGUCGUAUACAAUGACACCUACCAGAACAUCCGCUGGGCGUGCCACGCGGUGCGGUGGUGCGGCGACAUCUCAGGCAGCGCGUGGUGCGAGGGCCGCGAGCCGUGCGCCGUGUGCGCCGUGCGCGGCUGCUCGUGCGCGCUGCUGUGGCCCAACGACGGAAACCUGCUGCACGGGGCCGACACGCCCGUGCGGUUUGCCGUUUAUGCACCUAAACGAGACGGCUGCGUGUUGAUUCUGGUGGACACGAGACGAGCCGCACCCGGCGACUGCGGCCGGACGGCGUUGCUGGCGUUCCGAGUGCUCGCGCCUAAACUGGUCAUCCGGGCUUUGGAAUGUAUAGGAGACCACAAACGAGGCAAAAACUGUGAAUGCUGCGCCCUGGACGUGGUGGGCGCUAGCGGCGCGGCGGUGGUGCGGCCGCGCGGCCCGCUGUCGGUCGGCCGCCUCGCCUGCUGCCGGCUGCUCGUCACCAACCUCACGCCCGUCGCCACCACCGUUACCUGGGAACCACCGCUCAUUACUGAUGGUCCUCUACGCGUUAAAUUUAACCCUAAUGAAAUCGCCGUGGAACCGUACGAAACUGUCCAGAUUCAGGUGAUAAUGCAAGCGGCGCGCGUGAGUCUGCGGCGGGUGUUCGUGUGGCGCGCGCAGGUCCUGCACUCCUGCACGCCGCUGUACCUGGUCGUGGACACGGAUAUUGCGGGCGUGGAGGUAACAGUGGAACUGCCGCUGGGCGGAGGCCCGGAGCCCGACACCACCGUGCUCGUGCGACAGACGCAGAAGGAGACGGCGCCGGCCUUGACCGACAACCCGCUCGCUGGCAGCGAGGACAUAUUCCUGGCGUUCGAGCGAGAGCAAGUCGAAUAUAUAAAGAGGGUGUUCGCUUGCCGCUGCUCCGCGUCGCAGCGCUCGGCGCGAAACUCGCCCGCCUCGCCCGACGCCGGCCGCUUCCCGUGUCGCCUGCCGCGUGUACCAUUGUGUUUACAAUUUUCUCAACUACCGCUUCAUACUGUGCGCCGGCGCACGUUGGUGCUGAGCAACGUGUCGGCGCUGCCGGCGCGCUGGACGGCGCGCGUGCGCCGCUGGCCGAGACAGCGCGUCACCACGCUCGCAGCGGACAAAUGGGCAGCGAACAUGCGCGACCCGGGCGUGGCGAUGGAGGUGCUCCCCGCGCGGGGGCAGCUGGCGCCGGGGCGGUGCGCGCGCGCAGGGGCGGAGCCGGCCAGCGUCGCCCGCGUCGCGGUGGAUGUGUACGCUGACUGCGCGGGGCUCUACCACGACCAGCUGCUUGUGCAGAUCGAGAACGUGGAGCCGAUCAUUGUGGACGUGUGGGUGGAGGCGCUCGCCGUGCCGCUCGUGUUCUACUCAGCGCCGGCCGGGGACGCGCCGCCGCCGCUCUGGAUGUCGGCUGCCGACGACAAGCGAGUGAUUCGCGCGCGCAACGCCACGCGCUCGCGUCAGCUCGUGCGAGCGUAUCUGCUCAAAGAACAUGAAGACGAGCGCGAUCGCGAGUUGUUCCGCGUGUACCUGCGCCUGGAGGACGCCGAGCCCCCGCCGCCCACUCCCCUCCCUAGCGACUGUAGCACGAGCGUGGCGUGCGAGCUGUCGGACGCGUCGAGCUCGUUCCAGCCGGAGCCGGCCACCAACGUGGAGCUGUUCCUGUGCGCCGACUUCGGCCCGCAGUGUCUCACCCCCUACAUGGUGGAACCAGAGAUUUGUGAAGUGGAGGCCGGCGCGGACGUGAGCUGGCAGGUCUCGCGGUGCGAGGAGUUUGAGGAUCAGCUACCAUCAGAUGCGAUCCUGAUGCUGCGCUGCGAGCCGCUGGACAAGGCGGGUGACAACUGGUACCGACCCUUGCCUCCGCCGCAGACGGUGCAGCUGAGACUAGCCCGCAGAAAUGGCCAACUUCAGCUGUCCACCAAGGAGGUGCGCGUCAAGAUUUGUGCGCUCAACCUGCCUUACGAUGAGGUGUUCAGGGUGCGCAAACGCUUUCACAUAAUGAACGUGGGUGAUGGCCCUAUGUCCGUGACCGCGUUUGUAAGAAGCCCUUGGUCACUGGUGACAGAAGACUGGUCGCGCUGGACUGAAGGGGACGGUCUGGCGAACAUGUGCCGAUGUAUCGGUGGUCGACCCUCGCGCCACCGCACUGAAGAUCAGCCUCUUAAACUUCUGCCGAGGAGUUCUAUUGAGAUUUGCGUGGAGGUGAACGUUCCGCGCAUGGCGGCGACUCCCCCCACUGUGCUGGAGCCGGUGGACCCGCCGCGCUACCAGGACAAGGACGUCACCGUGACCCCCUUCGUCAUCAGGGACGAUCAGGAAGUCUAUGCUAAAUUGUAUCUGGUUUUGGAGAUAGAAUACCCUGUGGUGAUUGUGGAGCCUGAAGUCAUCAACUUCGGUUUCGUGACCGACUCGCACACCUCCAAGACAUACUUCACCGUCAGACACUCCAGUCGUACGGAGACGCUGGACCUGGCGGCGGUGUGGUCGGGCGUGGCGGGCUUCCUGCUGCAUCCGCUGCUGGUGCGCGUGCCGCCCGGCGCCUCGCGCCGCGUCUACGUGCAGUACACUGCCGCAUGGCGCGGCGCGCCAGUGGAGGGCAAGGCGACGAUGACGUCGCGUCGCGCGGCGUGGUGCAGUGCCGCGGUCACGUGCCGCGCCGCGCCUAUCCGCGACCACAAGUGGCAGCCCACACACGACUACACCGAUGACCCCGUGCUCUUGCCGCCGGAGUACCAGAAAUAUACUUGGUGAUCUUUUUCUACCUUAGCAACGAAGCGUCUUAGCCCAAGGUCCGCCUUAUUGCAUUUUGUAGUGACACCGUAAUAUAAUAAAGACAAGAGAUUUGAAAGCAAAUAAGUACCGUACACAUAAAAGGCGUGGCAUUGAUCUUCCGAAUGCUUUAUUGUAUUUAAACUAAGUUUGUUAUAAUUAUUGUUAUACAGAUCAUAAAUGCAGUAUAAAUCAGAUUUGUUA